CAUCAGACUUUCUACUUUGACUAAAAUUAGCUUACUACCUAUCAUUACCGUUGGCAGCCGUUUAUCAAGUCCAAUUAUCGAUACCGCUCGUUCUCGACUUAUAUUCGUCAUGUCCGAGGCUCUGGCCACUUUCUCUGAUGGGACGGCUGUGCCGAUGGACGGGAAGUUCCAUGUCGAUCCAUCUUGUCCGCACUCAAGUGUGAAAUAUCUCGAGUCAUGGCAUCCUCCUGGGGUAUUAGAAGUGCUAUCCGGUGGCAAUACAGCACGAUUAGGUUUACUCCCGGACGGAACAAUUCUCAAAUAUGUCUAUGAUAGAGACAAUCGCUGGGCGAUGAAGGGCCUGGAAAUCGAGCAUCAUAUCCUUAUAGCGUUGGGAAACCACGAAAGGAUAGUUAAGUACUUUGGUCAGCAUGAAUAUGGCCUUAGGUUUCAAUUCGAGGUCAAUGGCGACAUUUACCGCUACUUUUCCGAGACGGACUUCCAAACCAUUUCCAUCCAGCAACGAGAGAAAUGGGUAAGACAAGCAGCAGAGAGUGUUGCAAUCAUCCACUUAAAAGGCAUUAUCCACUGCGAUAUUCACCCUAAAAAUUUUCUUCUCGACGAUAAGCUUAACAUUCGACUCUGCGACUUUGCCGGCUCCCUGUUUGGCGAACUAGAUGGAAAGGCAAUGGAGAGCACACCCUUCUUCCUUCCGAGAGAUCCUCUCUCUACACCAAAUGCGAAGUCGGACCUUUUCGCGUUGGGAUCCGUUAUGUAUUACAUCAUGGCCGGCCGUGAGCCGUAUGAUGGCUUGUCAGAGGAUGAUAUAACUGCCCGCUAUACUCGAGGGGAGUUUCCAGAUGUGGUUGAGUUUGGAUGUGGCCGGACCAUUAGUGGUUGUUGGACUGGGCUAUUCAAUAGUGCUCAAGAGGUGGUAGUGAGUCUCUCAGAGAAAUCUGUCGGGGAAGUGUAGAGGACGUCCACUGCAUAAAUGGCGACUCUUAUUCAGGAUAUGGCUUUAGUAAGCAGAAGUCUCUCCACUGAAAUCGAAUAUCAGACGUCGCCAUGGCUUGCGGAUGCGAACGACGCAUCGUCCGCAGGAUAUAUCAGAAUUGUACCGA